UUGGGCGCUGUUCAGUUAGAAAUUUCAUAUCACUUGUCUAUGUUUAAUAACAUUGUGUGGGUGUGUGUAAAACAUAUGCUUGGACAUAACUAUUUCAAGUUAUUUCAGAUUGUAAAAUCUUGUUUGUUGAAAGUGAAUUAACAAAAUGGCGACAUCUGGAAUUUCUAGAAAUUCUGAUGUGGUUAUGUAUUAUUGUUGUACAAUCUGCAAAACAGAGCGGUCUGUAGAAAUAGAUGCAGAUUUUUACUGUGAAAAAUGUCUUAAAUACUUCUGCAGAACAUGUAUAAACUCCCACAGACAGCAUGGUAGGUGGUUCUAUAAAAAAUCUCCUUAUGGAAAGGAUAAAAUAAGGAAGUGGCCACUUUCUAAGAAGAUGGAGACUUCUCUUUUAAUAUGCAUCAUACACAAGCGUGAAAAGUUAACAAUGUUCUGCCCGGACCACAAUCAUCUGUGCUGCUCUAAAUGUGUUGAGCUUAAUCACAGACGAUGCUUACAAGUACAUCCAUUACCUCAGGCUGCCACAGGGAAGUCAACCGACUUCAAGAACCUGUCUGUCAGUACGGAAAAUGCUCUUUCACAACUGAAGCAUUUUCAGGCGUAUCAGGAGGAUAGAAUGAAGUCUCUUAAGGUUUCAUACAAAGAACAUGAGAGGCUUAUUGUGGAUGGUUUGCGUCUGGAAAUAAUGUCGUUUUUACUCCGAUGUGAAACCAGAACAGUUCAUUCACAACACAAACAUAUGCAAAACACAGUCAUUAACAUGAGACGUGAGAAAAUCAAAUAUUUAUUAGCAGAUUUUGAGAAAAGCACUAUUAAGGAGAAGAAAGAUGAGCUUAACCUGAAACAAGCUUCUCUCAAGGUUUGGAGAAACAGCUGCAUCAGGCUUCACUAUGAAUUGUUCCAUCUCCAUGUAGCCAUACCGAAAAUACUGGGUAAACCUGAACUCUCUUUUAUUGCCAGUAAAAAAUGUCUGGAAAAUAUACAACAAUCUGAUAUAUUUAAAAAAGAAAACAUUUCAAACAAGGUUUUCACUGUGAAUGGGAAGUCUGUCCACAAUGUAAAAAUGCCAAGUGAAUCAAACACAUGUCAUAUCACAGCAGUAUGUGCUCUCCCAAAUGGACAGGUCCUGGUUGGAGACUACGAUAAUACCAAAGUCAAGCUUCUGGACCAACAGUACCGUGUGGUGGGCCACUUGGAUGUAAGGGUUAGGCCACAGGACAUGUGUCUUAUCACACCCACUGAGGUUGCAGUGGCUAUGUCGAAUAAAGAGGUCCAGUUUAUCACAGUAAGCCAGAGCCAGCUUGCCAAAGGCAGGAAGCUUAAGUUACAACAUGAAUGUACAGGUAUUGCCCUCAACCAGGAUGACCUAUAUAUCUGCUCUGGUACUGCUCUGUACAAGUUCACAUUGAGUGGCGAACUGGUCUGCAGACUUUAUGAAAAUUCAUCAGCUGAUUUUACAGGUAAGAAUCAUGGUGGAUUCAUUCUAAUAACAUGUGUGAUAUGUACAGAGAUUUUCUAG